UGCGCAUCGACUUUGAGAAUGACGAUAUAUGAUUUGCCUCCGUCAUUACGCUGUUUGCGUAACUCUUUUUUGGAAUGAGUCGUAUCCUGUCAGUUGCGCAGUGUACUACCGUCUGUCAGACGAUAGUUUACAUUAUCUUCAACUCUUGACUGACUGAGUGUACCAGGUGUGCCAUAAGAUGAAUCUUGCCAAAAAACUCAUUGGUGGCCUUAUUGAUGUGGUCAGCAACAUCGACCCUAAUCAGUUUGUGCCCUCAGAACCCCCACCACCUCGCAGACCGCUGAAUUAUGCUCAGUCUAAUGACACCGAGGAAGAGAAACAGUUCCGCAAAGUAUUUCAGCAGCUAGCCGGAGAAGAUAUGGAAGUAAGUCCCAAUGAACUGAUGAACAUCCUCAACAAAAUCAUCUCCAAACAUAGCGAUCUGAGGACAGAUGGCUUCAGCAUCGAGUCAUGCAGAAGUAUGGUGGCUGUUAUGGAUAGUGACAGCACAGGUAAACUGGGCUUUCACGAGUUUAAAUACCUCUGGAACAACAUCAAGAAAUGGCAGGCAGUUUAUAAGUCUUAUGACAGGGACCGUUCAGGAACCAUCGGAGCAGAUGAGCUUCCAGGUGCCUUCCAAGCUGCAGGUUUCCCUCUGAACGAUCAGCUCUUUCAGAUGCUUAUUCGCAGAUACAGCGAUGAGAACGGAGACAUGGACUUUGACAAUUACAUUGGGUGUCUUGUGAGACUUGACGCUAUGUGUCGUGCCUUCAAGACUCUUGACAAAGACAAUGAUGGCACAAUCAAGGUCAAUAUUCAGGAGUGGCUACAGCUGACCAUGUACUCCUAAGAUAUGUGAAGGUCUACUAUGCUGUUGAAGACGGUCAUCCCAGAGUUAUUAUGCAAUUAUCAUAUGCUUUUAAAAGUUCCCUUUUAUGCUCACAUUAUAGCACUAUUGCUCGGGAACCUCUGGCAUGAAGCUGGCCUGCCACUGUGGGAUACAUUAUCACUUGACUAUGACAUUCUGUUUAUAAGUUACACUUUUUUACCUAUCUUUUUACCAUCAGUAGCGUUGUACAUUAAAAAUUAACCAAAGAAAGUGAAAUAGAAAAAUUAACCAGUUUACUAUUAUGAAGAGUCUAGUUUUAAUCACAAAUAUGCAAAACUAAGUUACAUUUGUAUGUGUGCAAUAAGUGCCAUUUUUAGUUUGUGCCAGUUCUGCAUGAAACGAAUGGGAGAUGUAAGAUAUGCAAAUCAUAGCCAUCAAAACCGAGCUCAGUAUGAAAAUCAGGUGCCAGAUAAAAUUUUAUAUUGAAUAAAAAGAUAUGAACGUGAGAAAA